GCCUGAGAAACAGCUAUUUCCUGUGCAGACAGUGGUGGAGUUGCAGCACUGUGGCCUCACUGCUGUGCAGGCAGACUUCUGCUUCCUCAUCUGCGUCUCCGAAGCAUGGCCGUUUGCACCACACUGGCGGCCACUGGCCUCAUAGCCUUCAUUGCUUUCUCUAAAGGCACAUCUACACGAGUCUCUCCAUUAUUUGUCUUUCUUACGCUGGUAGCAGGACUUGACACCAUCCAGGUGGACUACAGAGAGGAAAUGGAUGCUACGGUUGGGGAGAAUGUGAGCCUGCUGUGUGAGCUGGUUAAUUCUUCUGGAACCAUAGUGACUAUGAUUGAGUGGAGGAAGCAAGAAAAGGGGCAGCAGCCGGAGAGCCUGCUCCUGGUCCACGUGCCCAAUGUCGAGACUCACAAGACUAGAACCAACAUCUCUGUCGAGCUAAAGAAACAGAAGAAGAAACUGACGGGAUCGAUCCUGCAGCUCCCUAACGUGAGCGUGUGGGACAGCGGCAAAUACAUAUGCACUCUCAGCACCUUCCCUAAUGGAGCAAUCAGAAGCGUGACACACCUGCUCGUUAAAGAUCACGUCCAUCCACUGGAUAUCAAACUGUAUGCCACUGUGAUGAAUCUCGAUUACGGGUUGAAAGAGGGGGAAAAAGUGACCAUCUUCUGCAACAGUACCCCCCCUGCCGACACCUACACCCUCAGCCAUUCCAAGAACGAGAUAUCUGUGAUGAGGAGCCGGGAUGGUAUGUUCACUCUGCUAAACGUGACGAGGCACCACAGUGGCCUCUACGUCUGCCAGCCCAGCAAUCAGUCAUCUGGCCUACUUUUCAAAAACCACAACAUCACCAUCAAUCUCACAGUCCACUUUAUGGAUGACCUGAGAUGUAACAGCAUGGCGAUCCAGGCUGACACUGGACAGAAUGCUACCCUCUCCUGUGUAUCUAAAGCAUCCUCAUCACUGAGGUACACAUGGUCCAAGGAUAAUGUGACUGUGUCUAACUUCAGCCUGCUUCAUCUCUCGGGGCUCAGCGAGAAACAAGCUGGGAUUUAUACUGUGACCGCAACCAUGGAUGCCCCCCCCCAACUGCAAAGGCGAGCUGUGGUCAUUGUGACCGUGCAUACCCACGUGGUGCCCACCUGGCAUGAAGCAGACAAAACCUAUGUAACAGAAGAUAAAAGUGACCCCCCCCAGAGCAGCAUCAGCUCCACAUUCACCCAGUGGGGGAUGACUCCCAGUCCUAGGACACCACAAUCCUCUCCAGAGAAUGGAACAACAACAUACUUCACUAGCAACAGCACGACACAGCCAUCCAACGAAACCACGCCUGGGUGGGACCUCAAUGCCACGCUGACUCUAAGGUCCGGCCUGCUGUCCACCACCGCACCGUGGCUUGAUGGGACCUCCACUGUUCUGGGGACACCACUCAAUGUUAACGUUGCACAUCACUCAGGGACCAAAAGAUCUUUGUUAGCUACCCUGUUGUCCUUCCUUGUCCUGGCAGCUGUCAUGACUGGUUUGUACACACGAUACAGGAUACAGAGAAGUUUGGAUUUGCCCCCGCCUUUCAAGCCUCCUCCUCCCCCUGUGAAGUACACAUCAGUGCGGGACCAGAUGACUCUACUUACAGUCAGCCCCAUGAUGGAUAUCAGGAAGAUCUAAAGCGGAAUGUAGUUUAUUAGGAGAAAAUGAAUUAAUUUUUCUAUACAUGUAAACAAAUCUUUACAUUUUUAAUGAAAUCAAGAUGUUUUGUUUUUCAAAACUUUUUAGUAAACUUUUUCUCAUUUGGUGUGUGAGUGUGCCCUGUGAUGGGUUGGCUCCCCAUCCUGGGGUGUUCCCUGCCUUGCCUCCAUAGUUUCUUGGAUAAGCUACGGCUCCCCCGCGACCCUGAAUAGGACAUGUGGUUACAGAAAAUGGAUGGAUGGAUGAACAUGAAGUUCUACCACCCUCUAGUGAUUCAUGUGAACGUCCAGUGUGCUGACUAGCGUAGCAUGCUAACUCCUGGAGCCAGUUUUCACUUCUUCACUGCAUGAAAUGUUCACUUCUGAAGGCAUGAAGGACCACUAAUGUAUAUAUCCUCAAACAUUACGUCAGGGCUAUGUGGGAGGGAAUAGAAGAGUCAAACCCAAGUCUAGGAUUCCCCCACGCCUCCGUCUGCCUGUCUGCCUGUAAAUGAUAUAUAGCUAUAAAUAGUUUCUAACUCUC